AUGAGUUUCGGUGGAAGGGUAAAACAAAGCCGCCAGGCAUCUAAUGAGAAUAUAACGACCUUUUUUGCGCCGUCUCAAAAGACGAUGGGUCCCCAAAGGCAAAGCCUCCAGGUCCUCAAACCCUCUGCAGUCAACACAGAUUUGAAGCUGGCUCAGGCUGGAAAAGUCAUUCCUAAGCGAAAACAAUGGAUCCUUGAACAACCAAGAGGGUCUAAGAGGGUGAAAGUUGAGGUCAAAUCCACGCAAACAGAAGAUGUUGACAGUUUACCAGAUGGCAUGUCAAAUGAGGCCUAUGAACUUAUGGUGAAAGAAACCCCACCAGAUGCCUACUGGAAAGAAGUAGCCGAGGAGCGACAAAAGGCCUUGUACAGUGUCCUACAAGAGAACGAGAAGCUUCACAGAGACAUCGAGGCCAAAGAUGAACAGAUUGAGAAGCUUAAGGAUGAAAAUGACGAACUACAGGAGUUGGCCCAGCAUGUGCAGUACAUGGCUGAUAUGAUUGAGAGGCUGACUGGGAAGUCUCCCGAUAACCUGGAGGAACUCAAAGACAUUGCCCUUGAUGUGGAGCAUGAAGAUGAUGGUGUGACUCAGAGUGAACAAGAGGAAACGGAGGAUGAAGAAGCAUCAGAUGAUGAAGCCGGACCCUCGGGAGAGCAGGGUUAA